AUGGCUAUCUGGGGCGGUUAUACUUUCGUGCUUGGGUUCCUCAUUGUGUUCCGCAACAACCAGGUCAUGGACUUGGGAGGAAUGUGUGAGCAGAGUGGCCUACCUGCAAUUACCUGCAGCCUGAGGUGCGAAGUAAUCAGUCAAUGGAUCUACAGGCUCAUUGUGCAAAAGGCACGCGAAGAAGUUGUGGGCAAUCCAAAGAUCAAAGUUCUGGAUGUGCCGCCUCCAAUUUUGGGCCGCCCAUUGGCAGAUUUGGCGUCUGCUCUUGCUGACGUCUACCGGGCACGAAAGAUUGCAGAGAUCCCAUUUCCUUUUCCAUAUGCGCAGAUGAUACUGGACAUGCUGCUGGUGUUCUCAAUUGUCACGCCAGUGUUGGCAAGCCAGUUGGUGAGUUCAACUGCAAUGGCUGCUCUGGCGACCUUCUGCGUAACUGCUGGCUACUGGGCCUUGUUCCACAUUGCUGACGAAAUCGACCAGCCAUUUGGAAUGGAUCCCAAUGACCUGAAGUUGAAUAACAUGCAGCGGGAUUUCAACGAGACUUGGCAUGAUUUGGCACUUUGGGGCUGGGAACUUAAAGUGUGCCUGGCCAGCUUUUCUCACGCACUUUCCGGAAAUGUGGCGUCACAUGUUCAACAGUCCGGCAUGGAGUCCAAAGCCAUGACCCCGGCAGUGGCCGCAUCAAUGGUCCUUCUCUUCUGGUCCGGAUUCGGAGCUGAGCUAGCUGAGCCCUGCAUUGGGAGAUUGAGCAUUACGAGUUUCGAAGGCUUCAACAUGAAACCCUCCAGAUGCCUCGUCUAG